AUGGUGGAGAUUUAUGAGAGUGCGGAUGCUGUUAGUGCCCCAGAUCCCAGCACAGAGACAAACAAUGCCUCCACUAAGAGAAACCCAGCGGAGCUACAUCCAGCUGACCGUUGUGUUUCAAAAGGUUGGAGAUAUUUCAGUCACAGUGUGUACUACAUUUCUACUGCAAAGAAGAGCUGGAGUGGGAGCAGACAGGACUGUACAGACAGAGGAGCAGACCUGGUCAUCAUAAACAGUGAAGAGGAACAGGAGUUUAUAUUGAGAUCGGUUAAUGGCAAUGUUUGGAUUGGUCUGACUAACACAGAGGGGGUGUGGAAAUGGGUGGAUGGUACAGCACUGAGCACUGGGUACUGGACUAGAGGUCAGCCCAGUAGAAGUUACAAUGGAGAAGAGGACUGUGUUGUUAGUACUGAGGUACAUGACAGUUUGAAAUCCUGGGAUGAUGUAUUUUGCUCUAAUGCUUACUCCUGGGUCUGUGAGAAGAGAAUCCCGCUGACAUCCCAAUGA